AUGUCCUCGAUUUCGUGUCCGAAACCGAAAUUUUUCGACCCCGCCGCCUUUUUGUUCUUCAUGGCGCUCGUCGCCAUUUUCUCAAUGGUUCUGGGGUGAGGUGUCGCCGUUUUACGCCGAAUUCGACCGAAUUUUUCAGCGACACUCGUGUGAAGCGACAAUAUUACGUGCCGUACGGUGGAGCCGGCAGUUACUACGCGCCUGGAGCCGCCGGAUAUUGGCCUGGAGCAGCCGGGUACGGAUACGGAGCCGCCGCCGCCUAUCCCGGCUAUAAUUAUGGCGUUUGGGGCUGA